AUGGUGCUCCGGAAGGAAUAUCGAAUUCCGCUGCCUAUUUCUCUGGACGAAUACAACCGCGCCCAAUAUUACACCACAAUCAUCUCCGAAAAAGAUUUCGCCAAGAACGGAGAAGGAAUCGAGCGACUUGAAAAGCGCCAAGAAGGCGACAAGGAAUAUCAAAAGCGCCAUUACCACGUGCACUCGCUCAUGCCCUCGCCUAUUCAAAAAGUCAUCAAGAAGGAACAAAGCAUUCUUAUAGAAGAAGGCUGGCUCGAGUGGCCAAACUACGAGACCAAAUUCACCAACACUUACAUGGGCGAAAACUUCCUGAUUGAAAUCAAAAGCGUUCACAAAGCUGAUUUGGGAGAAAGCGAAAAUGUUCAUGAACUAUCUGAAAAAGAUUGGAAGGACACGGAAGUUGUGAAUAUCGAUAUUGCUGAUGCUGACGCGAAGGAAUGGGAUCCAAAGUUGGUCGAUAUGAAGAAGUUUGGGAGAGUGAAUGUCGAAAGGGGAUGGAUUGGGAAGCUGAAAAAUGAUUCUCAUAUGGAAGUUUGGGUUUAUUUCUAA